AUGAAGAUUUUCUCAUCCUCGUACACCUUCGACUACUCCUGGGAGGAGGUUAGCACGAACAAUUGGCGAAAAUACUGCCCUUGGAACGAUAAAGCUUCUCAUGUUCUGGCGGUUGACACGAUCUCUCGUCACAUCGACCCUCAGACGGGCAUCCUCCGCACCGAACGUCUAAUUACAUGCCAACAGAAUGCGCCGAAAUGGAUCCUGAGCAUCCUUGGAGGCGACACUACGAGCUAUGUUUAUGAGGUCUCGUACGUCGACCCAGGUUCCAAGAAAGUCACAAUGUGCAGUACAAACAUGACCUGGUCCAACCUCUUGGAAUGCCGUGAGACCGUGGUCUACCAGCCUUCUUCCAGCGACACAAAACAGAAGACAGAAUUCAAACAACAGGCCAAGAUCGUGGCAUUGUGCGGUGGAUGGCAAAAGAUCCGCAGCAAAAUUGAAGACGCCAGUAUUGAACGCUUCCGGGAAAAUGCAGCCCGAGGUCGCGAAGGCUUCGAGAUGGUCUUGGAAAUGUCGCGCAGAGUCUUUGGCGAAGAACGGGAGAGACUACGAGCGGGAUUGCCGGUCACUGUGUGA